GUGGAUCUCUGUGUGCAUGAUACUGCGUUGCCAUUGGCCAACUCAAGUCGUUCGUAGUGCCUCCAGAGAGUGGCUGAUUUAGUCGACAUGCCGGAGGACAAGGCGAAGAAGGACCCCAAGGACACACCAAAAGAACCGAAGGCUGAAGAAGCUGGCGAAAAGGCUGAAAAUCCGCCGGCAGAACCUACAUCGCCUGCAAAUCAGGGCAAAUGGAUCGAGUCAUCCGAGAAGAAUAUGAUGCAGGCACGGAACCUCAUCCGUGACAUGCUGACCAUUGUGCGCAACAAUGAAGUAGCCGAGGCCGCCAACAAAGAAGCAGCUCAAGAUGCAGAAAAGAGAGAGAAGGAGGCUAAGAAAGCUGCAGUGUUCAACAAGGCUGCUGCGCACGAGAAGGUCAUCGCCACGUCAUUCAAAUGCAUGCAGGACAUUGAGGAUUGCAUCCUGCAGACAGAGGACAGCCUCAGCAAGCUGACCCACGAGCGAUACAGAGGCUUUGUCAAUUUGCAGGUCUGUGAGCGUCGCCUAGAAUUGCGACAGAAGCGGCCUGAGCCGGAGAAGUUUCGAGAUGCAUUGACAGACGCCCUGAACUCUGAAAAGGGGAUCCUGGAAGAAGCGCGCAAGGAGCUUUUGGAACUGGAGAGCCAGGGCAAGAAGAUUGUGGAUGAGCUGAGGGACAAGCGAAAGUUCUUGUCAGAGGACACCGGGUUUCGGCGCCUCCAGAUGAUGGAGGAUAUGAAGACCUUGUCGCCUCAGGUCGCCCUUCCACCGGUGAAGUCUCCCAAGGCCAACAACGGUAGUCCAAAGAAGAGCAACGAGAAGAACGAAGCUGAAGUUGCCUUUGGCGAGGCAGCGCCAGAGAAUGGGGAGACAAAGCCAGCAGAGGAGAAGGACCCUAAAGCAGAGGGAAGUACUGGCAAUGCUGCAAAGGAGGUGAAGGAAGCUGUCAAUGAAGUGGCAAAGGAGGUGAAGGAAGGGGCGAAGGAGGUGGCCAAAGAGGCGGCCAAAGAGGCAAAAGAAGCGGGAAAGGCAAAGGAGGAUGCAAAGGAAGGAAAGGAGGCGAAGGAGGCAAAGGAGGGGAAGGAAGUGAAGGAGGCGAAGGAGGCAGGCAAAGAUCCAAAGCCGGCCGAGGAGGCACCCAAGGAAACUGAAGAGGCGCAGCCGCCGCUGACCAAUGAUGAGAAAAAGUCUCAUACAUUGUCUCCUGAGGAGCAAAAGCGUGCAGAACAAGCCUCCAAAGAGCUGAUUGCGGACACGCUCAAGCUUUUGGAGAAAUGCAGCUGCCACCGCAACAAGAGCUUGGAGACAAUCUUCAAAGUGAAGCAGGACACGAACAGGGCCAAUCACAGGUCAGAAGAUUGCCUCUCGAGGCGCACCGCUGAGUUGGGUGAGAUGAAGAAGCAGUUGGAGAAGCAUGCACUGGAUGUUGAGGCCGCGAUCCUCAGGGCCGAACGAUCUUUGGACCGCACGGAGCGAAGGCUUGACAGCAAAGAUGGCAAGAAAGUGGAGAAGUUCAAGCAGGACAUGGAUACCCUAAAGGGUCUCCGUGCCGCUCGGGACAAGUUGGGAGAGGACAUUCGCAACAAGUUUGCAGCCCUGGAGAUUGACAACAUGUGCCGGCGUGUGACAGCGGCCAAGGCAAGUGAAGCAAAGAUGAAGCAGGCCAUGACGAAAAGCGGGAGUGCUCCAAACUUGCAGAAGAAGAAGACAUCGGAGCUGAAUGGUGCAACUGAUGAGAACGGCGGGGAGACAAAGGAGGGGGAGAAGUUGCCUGAUAUUCACCAAAGGCCAUCCACCCCCCCGGAUGGGGUCAAGACAAGUGUGUCUGAAAAGCCAAAGCCAUCCCCAAAGGCUGCUGGCACUCCGUUAGCGCCACAGAGAAGCUUUGCUUGUGGGAGGGGCGCAACUAGUAGCUCCUCGCAUCACUACUAGGAGCAAGAAGCUACUAGUAGCAAAGGGCAUGGCUACUAGUAGCAAGGACGCUACUAGAAGCUCCUGGCUUGUUGUACUUUGUGUGAUGCGACUGGAGCUGAGAUGCGCUGUUCAGGCCUUGAUUUCUGGGAAGCAAAGUGCCCACCUGAGUUGCAAGAUGAGAGAUGAGAAAGGUGGGACUUCUUACGCAAAAUC